AUGUCAAGCCUUUUGAUUCCUACAAAUUUCCAGGAAGCACUUAAAAUAUUUGAAGAAGAAUCAGAAAAAAUUAGAGAUUAUGAGGAUUUACAAAAUAAAAUUUUAAAUAUUAUCGCUGGAGAGAUUGUAAAAAGAGUUGCCUUGAGUUUGGCAGAAAUGCCAGAAAUUGGGAAAAUAAGAAUGUUUGAUCAAGAUAAAAGAGAUGAAGUGAAAAUGCUGUUUGAGAUUUUUAAAAACUAUGAAAUUACUCUUCAAUCAAUCAUUCCUGAAUUUGAGCUUUACAUUGAAAAAAAGGGUUUAGAAAUUAUAUCAGAUGAAAAGCUUCAGCAAGAUCCUAUUGAAUACACAAGAUCAAUAUUAAAAUAUAAAGCAGAAAUUGAUGAACUUAUUAAUUAUUCAUUUUCCAAUCAUCUUACAUUCCAAAAAAGCAGCUCUUUUGCAUUUCGAAACUUUAUCAAUAAAUUCUCAUGCUCAGCUUCUAAUGUUGUCUAUUAUAGUGACUAUAUGAUGAAAAAAGGACUUAUUGGGCUUUCUGAUAUAGAAAUUGAUAUAAGAUUAUCUGAAAUUUCUAUAAUUUUUGCAUUGUUAUAUGAUAAAGAUAUAUUUAUUAAUCACUAUGCUCGCUUUUUGGCAAAGCGAUUAUUGGAAAAGACUAGCAUAAGCAAUGAUGCAGAACAAAUAUUGAUUGAAAAACUUAAGGUUGAGGGCGACCAUGCAAUUGUGAAUAAAAUUUACAGCAUUUACCAAGAUUUUUCUUUAUCAGAAGUUAUUACGGCUGAGUUUAAUCAGAACUACAAUCAAGACCGUCCUCAUGAAGUUCAAUUUUCUGCACAAGUCCUAAAAUCAGGGUGCUGGCCUGGGAUAUCGUCUGAGAUUUGCUUAUUACCUUAUGAAAUUCAAGUGUUAGCAAAAGAAUUUUCUCUAUUUUAUAAACAUAAAUACGGUGGACGUAGCAUUACUUGGAUAACUGGAUUAGGAACUUUUGAAAUCUGUAGCUUGUUUUCGAAUAAAAAUUACAAUUUUAUAGUGAACCCUUAUCAAGCAGUCAUACUUCUUAUGUUUAAUAAUGGAAAUGCAUAUAGUGUCAGAGAAUUGAGAGAGAACUCCAAAUUAAGUGACAAUACCUUUAAAGCCAAUUUCAUCAAAUUUUUCAGCCCAAAAUCAAAAAUAUUUAAUAAAGAAAGCAAAGGGAAGACGCUAAAUGAUGAAGAAUUGAUUACAAUUAAUGAAAACUUUAAAGCUGCAAUGGCUAGAAUUAAUUGCAUUCCUAAAAAAAACAGUGAGAGCUACCAAUCCAAGCCAUAA